AUGGGGGAUAAUCCGUACAAGAAGUCGCCCGCAUUUGCGACGGCCGAGGAGUAUCAAAGCUCGUCAGAAUAUUCAUCUCGUGAGGGUCAUGAAACUCCAUCCCCAGCAAAUUCAAGCCGUCUAGGUGCAACUGAAAACAAUGAGACUGGCAACAAUCACAACCGCGUUCAUUCCGACGACUGGCGUGCAGCAAAUGCGGUAUGGCGACGUCCGGAAAGCAGUAAGACCCGCAGCGAUCAUCAGGAAGACUGGGGUGCAGCGAAUGCUGCAUGGCGACGCCCUCCAUCACCGGGGGCAGAUGGUUACCCUACCUCGGAAGAAUCCAGGGACGAGGAUCGAGGACCGAACUACGGUUCGAGGCAUGACAUGGACAGAAUUGCCAACCACUCUCGGGGUUCACCGACAGAAGGUAGGGGUAAAAAGGGGCUGACUCAUGCGGAGAUGGCCAUCAUGGGCCGUGGCGGCGGGGAAUUAGAAGGAGGCAAUAACGACGCAGACAACUACCACUAUACGGAUGAAAAUGGAAGGGUUAUUGACGGAAGAAGUUCGGAUGUACGUGACGAGGGUGAUGACACUGAGGAAGCUGAGGACAGUGAUGAAAUGUCUCAACGCUCGACAGAUAGAGAGAGCUCCAAAGCAAAGGCAUGGUCCGAGUGUCAUCCGGUCGUACUCGAAGCCGUGAGAAUUCUGAAUGCCAAGAGUGCCGAUCCUGCAGAACUUGGAUAUGCACGUCUUGCCAGUGCCGGGAAGGGUGCUGUUGAUUAUAUUGUUCGCAAGAGAUCAAUAACAAUAGGCCGUUCAGCUUCAACAUCUGACUGCACCAUCAAAUCGGAGGGACGAUAUAUCUCAAGGAGGCAUGCCAUGUUGUUUUGGAAGCAGGAGGAAAAAGAGUGGGCCAUCCGAUGCCUCUCGGAUAAAAACGGCAUCCUUGUGAAUGGGGUACCCGUCGUUCGGGGGUCGGAUUCUAUCCCUGUGAAAAGCCGAGACCUUAUCGAAGUUGGAGAUGCUGCUUUCUUCUUUUUAGCUGCAACUUCACCUGUUGUGCGAAUCAAUAGUAUUACAGCUCUGGAUAGAACUAUUCGAACUAUCCAACAGGGAGAAGAUUAUGACCGCUCAGAGUAUUUUCAUGCAAAGAAGAACGAUUUGAGGACAGUGCAACAGAAAGGCUUGAAUACGAACAGGAUAUACGAUAACGAACGAAAGAAGCGUGCACAAGACAAGAGCAAACUAAGGUUAAAUGUAGGGCGCCUUGAUGGAUUCUCCGGGACGAAGAAGCGCCGCCGUUCCACAUCGUCCGGCGGGUUAGGUGAUGCCCAGCAUCUUCAGAAAUCGCAGAAACGAUGGAAGAAAUCCCAAAAGGCAAAGAAUAGGGCAGGUUUGGCGGAUAAUGCUUCUAUUCGCGAAUCGGAUGACGACGGACGAACAGACGAAGACGAUCCCGAUGUAACUGAAGAGGAAGAAGAAGACGCAAAGCAGAAGACAUGGCUGGACGAAAAAGCCAAUCGGGGGCAUGGAAGCCUAUUUGGCAGCACUUCACUGCGACCUCAGCAGGACCUCAUGUCUACUGAAAACAAAGAGGAGAUAGAAGAAGCGGAGUUGGACGAAAAUUGGCACUUAGAAUCACCUCCCUCGAAAUAUAGAAAUGACUGGAACAAGAAAGAACGCACAGAUUUCGGUCGGGCUCUUUUCGCAGUGGGUGUUGACCCCGUGUAUGAUGAUGAUGGUUCCAUCGCAUACUACGAUUGGGCUCGAUUCCGGAAGAUAGCAGGAUUGUCGAAAAAAUCAGAUCUGAUGCUUGAAAAUUACUACAUUAAUAUGAUGACCGAUGUGCAUAGCCUUUUAGAAGAAGAAGAGCAGGAAAAACGAACUAAGGGCCCGCGGACCAAGCACAAGCCCGGGUGCGACUGCGUUGUGUGUGAAAACACUCGCAAAUCUCGACGGAAGAAGAGAGAAGAGCGUGAAAAUUCUGCAAUGAAUGAACUACCCGAAGAAGAAAGUGAUGGAGAGGAUGAAGCAGCGGUGAAGAGCAGUGCCAAAUCCAGUGACAAACUCGUUGGUCUUGUCACAGCCCAGAAGCUUCGCGUCAGACUUAGCAUUCACGAUGCGGCAAGACAAGUUCUCAACGGUGCUGGUAAAGCAUUGUUCAAGAAACUCAGUGAACAGCCGGUUCGAGGUUUCCCGAGAUGGUGGCGACCCGGUAUACAUGAUAAGGCACUGAUGCGUGGAACCGCAAUUCACGGCGUAGCUCAAUGGUCAAAUAUAUGGAAUGACCCGAAUCAAAAGGUCUUCAGGAAGCAAAAAGAAGAAGACGGGGAUGCAAUUGUAUGGCCCUCGAAUCAAGCUGCCAUGAAAAGGGUGCGAGAUAUUUCGAGCGGAAUCAAUGCAGAGCUGCGGCGGGAGGCGAAAAGAGCAGCCAAGGAUGAUCAUGUCUCCGGGCGGGAUGUGUAUUACAAGCAGAACAGGCAUAAAAGAACCAAAACUGCUCGUGAAGAGAAGGCUUUUCAGCGAAGAAAAAAGGCAAGUCGACGCUCAAAUUUGUCUGCGGAUGAAUACGAGGACGUUAUGUCGGAUGGUGGAGAAAACGGUGACGGCGAGUCCACGGUCGAAAGCGCUGCAGAGAUGGCAGAAAUUGAAGAUCAAGGUCAAGGUGCUGCCGACGUCCCUACUGAAGAUGACGACGUCUUAGAGAUGGAAGUAGAGGAAGAGAUGGAGAUAGAAGACAAUGGUGACAAUGGUGACAAUGGGGAAGAAACCGAAGAGGAAUCCUCAAAAGGACAGGCUGUCGAGAAGCCAAUAAAAGCUCGCAGCAAUGUCGGUGAUAAUUGGACGGAUGAGGAAGAAGAUGAUGAAGACGUCAUUCAAUAUGAGACAGCCUCCGACAGCGGUUCUGAGUAGACAGAUGAGCGCGAAGGAAUUGUGGAUGGGAGAUUUUGCGCCCCUAAACGCAACAUUAUCUCAUUGUGGAUAACAGUGUCUCCUUGCAGUACGAUUAUGGUAUGUUUUAGAGGCUUUACAUCCUUGUCAGUCGUGCGCUGUGCUUUGUACUCAUACGGUCGUUGUCGAUCAAGUGACAAUCAUUAAAAUCCCUCCAGUGUUCGGAUGGGGCG